AUGGCCACCCAUCUACGGACAAACAUCCACAACGGCUGGACCUUCAAGCAAGCAGACAAACCAGACUCAGACUUUCGUUCCGUCGCCCAGUUCCCAACCGUCAUUCAUCUCGAUCUACUACAUCACGGGCUAAUCCCAGAUCCGCCAAAAGAUAGAAACAGCGAACUCAUACAAUGGGUUGGCGAGAAGCAAUGGCUCUACAAGACUUCAUUCGUCUCACCGCAGGCGCCAUUAGGCAGCGGCAAGAUAUCUCACGCAAUGGUCUUUGAUGGCCUCGACACAUAUGCCAAGAUCAGCCUUAAUGGCAAGGAAAUUGCUAGCACAGCCAACAUGUUUCUUCAAUACCGUGUAGAUGUCACGGAUACGUUGAAGCCAGCAGGUGGACAAAACACGCUUGAGCUUCUUUUCGACUCUGCCUUCUUGGAGGGCAAACGGCUUGAAAAAGCACAAGGGUAUAAGAACUUGUUCUGGAAUGGCGAUUCGUGCCGUAUGAAUGUCCGCAAAAUUGGAUGCCAUUUUGGGUGGGAUUGGGCGCCAACACUGCUAACAUGUGGCCCAUGGCGACCAGUCUAUCUCGAGUCUUUUGUCACUCGUAUUGCUGAUCUGAACAUCGACAUCGAUGUAACAGAUUCGCUAGACUCUGCAACUGUAAACACAACACUGGAGCUACAAGGUCCUGAUGACAACGAUAAAGUGGUACAAAUUAACAUCAGUGGUCCAGAUGACGAAGCCAUUUUUGCCGGAAGUGGGAAUAGCAGUGUAUCCAUCAAAAACCCACAGCUAUGGUACCCAGUAGGAUAUGGAAAGCAGCCGCUUUACACAGUGACGGCCACUCUGGGUGACCAGAAGAUGACUCGCAAAGUCGGCAUCCGCCAUCUCCGCUUAGUACAGCGGCCCCUUGAAAAUGGUGCUCCAGGAACGACCUUUUUCUUCCAAGUGAAUCAAAUCCCCAUAUACUGCCGAGGCGCCAACUGGGUGCCCGGAGACACCUUCUUACCGAGGAUCAAUACAAAGCGUCAUCGCCAAUGGAUCGAGUUGGCACUCCAUGGAAACCAGAACAUGAUCCGCGUCUGGGGCGGGGGACUCUACGAGGAUGAUUCGUUUUACGAGAUUUGCGACGAGCUUGGAAUUCUCAUAUGGCAUGAUUUCCAACUUGGAUGUGGUGUAUAUCCCGUAUCAGACUUCAUGACCAACACCAUCCGCGAGGAAGCCAUCUAUAACCUCAAGCGACUACGCCACCACCCUUCAAUCGUCUUAUGGUGCGGCAACAACGAGGACCACAUGUUUGCAGAGCUGCACCAUCUCGAGUACGACAUCAACGACAAGAACCCAGACAACUGGCUAAAGACAAACUGGGCGGCGCGCUGGUACUACGACAAAAUGCUGCCCGACAUCUGCGCCGAGCUCGUCCCUCGCGUGCCGUAUCACAACUCUUCCCCCUGGGGAGGCUCAUACAGCAACGAUGCAACCGUUGGCGAUAUCCAUUCUUGGAGAGUGUGGAUGGCUGAUCAGCCGCGAUAUCCUUAUCAAGACUAUGAAAAGCUCACCGGCCGCUUCGUGAGCGAGUUUGGCAUGAAGUCAUCCCCUGCCGUCCGCAGCGUCCGCCAGCUUAUAAGCGAUCCCUCGGAGAGACACCCCCAAUCACGCACAUUCGACAACUGGUUCUGCGCGCCAGAAGACCAGCGCACGCUGUCAAUGUACCUGAUUGAUAACCAGAAGCACAACCACGCCUCGCUGCCGGCAUAUGUAUACGCCACUCAGCUCAACCAAGCCGAGGCAACCGACUACGCGCUGAGACCGUUCCGGCGUCUUUGGAAGGGCCCCGGGCAAGAGGAGUGUGCUGGCAGUCUGAUAUGGCAGCUCAACGAUUGUUUCCCAGCAGCGAGUUGGUCCUUGGCUGAUGCCUUUCUUCGUCCCAAGCUGGCUUACUUUGUUGCAAAGAGAGAUUAUGCGCCCAUCAUUGUUGGCUGCGCGAGGACGACGGUUGAAACUCGUGCUGAUGAAUUUACUCGAGUGUAUAUACAGCGAGUCACUACGGCAGAUGUUUGGGCCAGCAACUGCGCCGUCUCUGAGGCAAAGUUGACCGCGACGACAGCCUUUUAUUCCGUAUUGGAUGGCAAACUCCUAGCCUCUGAAUCCGAACAAGUGGCGCUACCGCCAAACCGCUCUACAGAGCUACGAAAAUUGAAGUUUGAGGAAGAGGAAUGGGGAGACGGAGACGUGCUGGCUCGCUAUAUCAACUUCCCGCAACCAUUGAGGCAUCUCGAUUUGACCGCUGCAGAGGUUACCGUCACCAAAAAAGACGUCAAUGUCUCUGAUAAAUCGUUUAAGCUUGCUGUUUCGGUGAAGAAUGGCGUGGCCAAGGGGGUAGAAUUGAUGAUUGACACUCUAGACCCAGACGUUGCGGACAGUUAUACUUUUAGUGAUAAUGCUUUGGAUCUAGUUCCAGGAGAGGAGCAGAUUGUAACCGUUACUGCUGUCGCUGAUGCAAAGGUUGAUAUUGGCCAAGUUGGAGUUGUAGAGCAACAUUAUGGCUCUAUACGUUUGGAAUCGGAGAAUUGA